AUUUUAUUCUUGAAUCUCAAAGACUUCAAGAAUUGAAAGAAACAGAAGAAGAAUUACAAGAAAAAAUAUAUGAAGAGAUUAUUAAAAAUCUACAAGAUGAAAUAAUUUGUAAAAAUUCUUGUAUUAAAGAUUUGACAGAUCAUAUUGUUUAUUAUAAUGCAUUUUUCAGAAAAGCAUUUGAAAUUUGCCAAAAUUUAUAUGAUCAAGAAAAAUUAUAUUCUCAAGUUAAUGAG